UUAAAAAGUCAUUCAUGAUUAUGGUUAUGUGCUUUGCGUGUGCUAUAUAUACACGUGAAAAUAAUAUGAUAAAAUAAAGGUCAAACAAGACAAAGGUGAAGGAAUAACUUUUCUAGAUGGUCUUAUAAAUAUUCACGGACUCUUUUUAUUCAAGGGAAAAAUAUACUUUACUUUUCGUUAUAAUAUAUGAGGGAAAAUCUCCACCUGAAACAUGGAGUCACAAAGCUUGACGAGCACGCUCUGGUAGACGCAGACACUCACAAUCAAGAAGAACUGCAGCCAGCCCGCGUACAUUCUUGGGUGCAAGUUCCCAUGAGAGGAAUUUGGCCCCGUUUCAGGCCUCUCCUACGAACCAUGGGUUCCCACACGCCUCUCCAAUACAGUCCACACACACCAGGGCAAAAAGAACCACAACUAAAAGCAAUGUGCCCCUCCCAUAGAACACAAACUCCACUCUCCAAAGAGAACAGCAUGAUUUUCACUCCGAUCAUCCUCCGCUUCCUUAAUGCCAAGGCGCUGGAAGCCUUGCUCUACUCUGGAAGAACUACAUCAACCUGCAGAUUCUGUCAUCCAAUCAAAAUCACAUUGAUACGUUGAUCACCUACAAAAAUGCCAUCUUCAUCUAUGGAGAUCCGGAUAUAACAAAAUGCAAGAGAUCUUCAGCAUGCUGCAUGGUGUAUGACGUAUCAUCGGAGAUAGAUUUUAUUGGACAGUUCGGAGUGGUGCAGUCAGACGUAUAUUCUCAUAUGGUGGUAAAAGUUAUGGCUGUGUAAUCAUCUAUGUAAUAUUUCUCAUCGAUGUAAUACAUAAUUAAUCAGACGC